AUGACGACCUCGAUACAAGCUCCGAAAAGGGCGACGACCCUCAUCUUCUCCGUCCAACAACAAUCCUUCCGCCCGCUAAGCCAGCGCCAUCAAUUGCUACGCGCCAGCAUCAGCAACCCCAAGACAUACUCGACUCAACCACCUUCCACGAACCAAGACGAAAAGACCAAAGAGCUACCUCCCAAGGAACCCUCUCAACCAGACGAAGAUGGCAUCAACGGCCCCAUCUCCACUCUCCCACCACCCCUCAACCUCCCCGAAAAAGGCGACCGCUCCACCCCCUCCCACCUCUUCCAAAUCGGCCGCGCAUACGGCAAAUUCUACUGGACAGGUGUAAAAGCAACAUGGGCAAACCACAAACGCGCAAAGGCUCUCAAGACCCAAAUCACAACCGCAAACCGCAACUCCGGAUUACCAAAUAUGCCCCGCCCGCUGCUCGCCCAUUUGGAGUUCUACUAUGAGAAUGCAGGCAAGGGAAAAUUGACACGCACGGAUUUCCAACUUCUGAUGCGCGAGCAAUAUGAUUUUAGAAAGCUGCCGCCGUUUGCCUUGAUGGUGGCGUUGUUUGGAGAGUGGUUACCGCUUAUUGUGCCCUUCGUACCUUCAGCAGUCCCACGCACCUGUCGCAUCCCCAAGCAAAUCGAAGAUAUGCGCAAAGGCGUAGAAGAGCGCCGUAAGAAAUCCUUCCGCGAAGGGCUCAGCACACCGAAAGCCGCAGAGUCAAAUGAUGAAGCCAUGCCCACCAGUGCUGCUGGCGGCAAAAAGGCACUGCCUAGGUUAUAUGUCAGUAUGAGGACGGCGCAACAUAUUGUCAAGAUGGGUAAGCCGCAAAUGCUGCAUAUCUCGAGGACACUGGGGAUUGGAGGUAGAUUGUUUGAUAGUAUUGGUGUGCAGCAUCCCUUGUUUCCUGUCAAGUUGAUGAGGCAUUUGGGCUAUUUGCAUAUCGAUGACGAGUUGUUGUUGAAGGAUUGGGUGUUGAGUCAUUUGACGUUGAGUACAGAGGAAACUCGCAUAGCUUGCGAGGAACGUGGUAUUGAUGUUGUGGGUAGAGGAGAAAGCGAGUUGAAGGAGGAUUUGGGCAAGUGGCUUGAGGGAAGAAAGAGAGAUGAUGGCAGCUAUGGGGAGAUUCUGAAGAUGCUGUUUACGAGACCGAACGUUUGGGGUCAAUCUCGUAUUGAAGCACCUGAGAAAGCAGAUUCGUCUGACUGAGCUGCUCUGGCUCAAUGACAUCGAACUUGCUCGAGAGGAUAUGUAAAACAGCUGUAUAGUACACUAAUAUCCAGUGAACUUCUAUCCAAUGCAUUGAAGGAUUGUCAUUCCAAACAUUCUUUCAUUCG